AACUCAUAAGCGCUCUCCAAUUACUUCUCCCUCUCUAAAUGACUUCAUAGCAAAAAGCCCUUCCAACAAAAUUACCAAUCUACCCAUGCCGGACCCCUACACCACCAGCACCACCACCGUCUUCGGCCGGGGCACUCGGAUACGGGGGAGACGCCGGAUAUUUUGUCUCCGGCGACGCCGGAAGCAGCCGACGGCGAGGCUAGGAGGGGAGAAGAAGCCGCGCCGGAGAGGGCUGUUUAUGGUGAAGCUCUUCAGAAGAGUGAGAGUGAAUUGGAAGUGGAAUUACUACUCAAGCUUGCUGAAGAAGAUGAAGGCUUUCUGCCAAUCUCUGAUGAAAGAUGAACUGGCUGAGUACGGCGGAGCGAUUGAGUAUUCAUUCCAGCAACGGCUUUUUAUGGAGGCGUCUUUUGCCGUUCCGGUGGGGAUGGGACUUCCUUUAAACUCAUUUCAUCCCCGGUAAUCCAAUGCCGGAACAUUACUUCUACACAUCAAGUGCAUUUUAUUGAUUCCUGAUCUGUAAUUUCCUAAUACUUUAUCUCCUAAAUCACAAAGAAAUUACUCCGUCUCUAAUUCGCAUUUUAUAUGGGG